AAUCCGAUCUCUUCAUUGGUUUACUGGCAUUUACGGCAUGUCUGGUGGGUCCUUUAAGUGUUGGUGUAUUUGUGGCAAUUACCAUCAAUAUUUUGUACAUUCUAUAUCAAUCGGCCAGACCUGAAAUAAAUGUAGAUUUGGUUAAGACCUCCACGGGCAAGCAGUUUUUAAAAAUCACUCCCGAUCGUUGCCUUAUAUUUCCCUCAGUCGAAUUUGUCCGCAACAAAAUUGUAAAAUCGGGACAAAAAUACACCAUUCCUGUAGUAUUCGAUUGCACGUUUAUAUAUGCUGCCGAUUUCACCACUGCCAAGGCCAUAGAAUUAAUAAUACAAGAUUUCAAUAGAAGAAAUCAAAAAUUAAUAUUUUUCAAUUUACGUCCACGUCUCUUGAAAGUGUUCAAAACUUUAAAAUCUCAAUUUGUAUUAUGUUAUUCGUUGAAUUGUAUUGAGAAAUUGUUGGACGAUCAAUCGAAUGGAUUAACAGCAGUGAACGGUGUUAAUGUUCAUGAAGUCACCGAACUGUAA